AUGUCUGGUCGUGGGAAAGGAGGGAAAGGUUUGGGCAAAGGAGGCGCUAAGCGCCACCGUAAAGUGCUCCGAGAUAACAUCCAGGGCAUCACCAAGCCCGCCAUUCGCCGCCUGGCUCGGCGUGGCGGCGUCAAGCGCAUCUCCGGCCUCAUCUACGAGGAGACCCGCGGGGUGCUGAAGGUGUUCCUGGAGAACGUAAUCCGGGACGCCGUCACCUACACCGAGCACGCCAAGCGCAAGACUGUCACCGCCAUGGACGUGGUCUACGCGCUCAAGCGCCAGGGACGCACCCUCUAUGGCUUCGGAGGUUGA